AUGUCACCACCUAAAAAAGACUUAAGAAGACAAAAAGAACAAAUAAAGAACACGAAGAUCGAGAAGAUAUUGUGGUCAAUGAAAUUUUACGUGAUUAUUGAAUAUUGUUUCGGAAUUUUCAGGUUUUGUCUUGUGAAUCAUGAAUUAAAACCACCAAAUAAAUUAAUGAGAAUAUUAAGUGCCGUAAUACCCAGUGUCCAUGUCGUGAUGUUUACCAUAUUUUUCGAACGCUCCGAUAUUUACCAGAAGAACUGGGAAUUUAUUGGAAAUAAGAUACCACAAAGCUUCAUCCUUAUACAAUACCUUAUAUUUGCACUUUCAUGCAGUUUUUAUUUAAACAAAAACUGCAAAAAUCUUAUCAACAAUUUAGCCGACCUUGAUUCAGCGCUUGAUGCGAAUACCAACGACUGCUUCUAUAAAAAAAAUCGGUAUGAAACCAUUAAGUAUUUGAUUAUUCUUGGUGUGUUCCAUGCACUUGAUAGCAUAGCGGACUUAGUCUUUAAUGAGAAUCAUACGAUAUCCGAAAUAAUUACGUUACCAACAUAUUUUCUAGAAAAUUUAGAGAUACUGGUCUUCUGUAAUUUGGUUCUUAUGUUACAACGCAGACUUGAAAUUAUUAAUGGACAUUUGACCAUAUUUGUCGAGAACAAAGCAAAUGAAAAGUUAUUUGUAACUACAGUUAGAGAGCGACGGGAGGAACCUGACGAAGGAUAUGACUUCAUAGGGCUGCCUUCAAAUAACAAUACGAAAAUCCGAGAUCUAGCCGUGAUUUAUGACAAAAUUGGAAACAUUUGCUUCUUAAUCAAUGAAACAUUUAACUUACAACUUUUUUUAACCCUGUUGUCUACUUUUACAAAUGUUAUUAUUAUUAUAGUAUGGUCGACGAUAAUUUAUUUCCGCUCUCCUGAAUUUAGAUUGAGUAUAUUGAUGACAAUUAUGACUUGGUCUACCACAAUAAUUUUUACUAUAACAAUGAUGUCUGUUGCUUGUGAGCGACUGCUGCUCACUCGUAACUGUACCAAAGUUUUGGUUAACAAAGUGAUUAUGAAUUAUGAACUACCGAACGUAGUGAGGAUCCAAGCCAAAGCGUUUAUGGAGCUGAUUGAAGCAUGGCCAUUGCAGAUUUUAGUUUACGAUAUGUUUAUUUUGGAUAUAAACUUAAUGCUCAAGUUUAUUAGUGUUGCGACUACUUACUUGAUAGUUAUUAUCCAACUGUCUCAUUUUAUGUAG